UUCAUGAUCAGCUGUGCUGACUGGCCUUUGCCUGUUCGAAUGCGGCAGAGAAAAGCCCGGAACCCUCUCUUCUCCCUGCCAACAACUAUCGAAUUGUCUCACCUGCCCAACACCAUUCCUGUGGCGCACGUGAGCAACGUAUGCUCGUAGCCCUCGGCCAGGCAGGUUCUAGGUGCUCUCUGAACUCUAUCGCAUUGAGACUCCAGCCUAGCUCAACCCACAGCUCCCAGCUGUUGAUUGUUCUCUUCGUGGACUUCCCACCUCAAAUUCACCAUUCACCAGGCUGGGUAGGAUGCUAUUCAGAUAUACCCGCCGUCCACGACGCUUCUAGCGGCUGCCACCUCGACUUAGACUCGCAACUACAAUGCAUGCGGCAGCUGAUUGCGAGGAAGACCUGUGCGUCGCGCCAGGAUUCGCCGCGCACUCGGCUUUGUCAACAUUUAUAGCUCUUUCACCUUUCAUUGUAACAUUUCUCGCGGCCUUCAUCGUCGUGCAGCAGAGGAUAUUCCCUCAGCUUUCGCGCGUACAGAAUUCGAGGGACGGAGAGGACCACUAUCUCCCUUCUGAUGCGCCUCUCGCUCUGCAGCAGGCCCAUGCGGAGCAUGGCACCAAGUCGGUACGGCGGCGCAUUGCCGCCAUCACAUUCGCCACAACCGUCGCGCUUGCGACUGUGUUGGGUGAACUGAUCCUGUGCGAAAUAUCGGAUCUCGUCGACCCUUAUGCGAGAGGGGUGGCGCUGCGCUUCACAGUGCCCACACUCUUAUUCCUGCUGGUUGUCCUGAUCCCUUUUCUCGAAUUGCAGUCCAUCAUCUCAGGAUCGGGCUGGUCCUUUCAAAGGACAUCCAAGGGUCGGCUGCCUAGAGUGGCUUGGAUGAUCCAGUUUGGCCUUUUCGGCCUCUGGCUCUUUGGGUUUUGGUCUCUAGGCAGCUUAGUGCCUCUUCAGAGCGAGAUCAUGAAAUCGGGUACCAGCAAAGCUAUGGCUUCUGGGUCCUCAGACAGCUCGAACGGACUUGCCAGGGCCUGUCUUGAACGGAUUGGCGUUAUUGGCAUUUCGCUGAUGGCGUUGCUCUCGGGUUUUGCAUCUGUCUCAUCGCCAUGGCACGCUUUCGGUAGUCGAGCGUCACGACGGCCCGUAACAGAGGCCGAUGUGGCUCGCAAACAGGCGGGCUUAGAUGCCACCAAUGAAAUGCUCGUGACGAAGCGGCACCGAUUGCGACAACUGCAAAGAAAGGCAGCGGAGAACCCAGCUGCAUCCAACUCCGGCUUCUUGAGCAAGGUCGUGGGCAACAUUCGAGGCGGUGGUGAUGCGGCGGAAAUGCGCAGCUUGAAGAUGGAGAUUGUUGGCCUCGAGGCAAUGGAGUCGAACCUCGCAGCGUCGCUCGCUACGCUACGUGCACGGCAAGUCAACACGGCUAGGGCCAGGACAACUGUCGGAAAGCUGUUCCUGCUGCCCACUUACGUGUUCAGCAUAUACUGUCUAUACCGGAUAGCAGCAACGCUCUUGACCACACUCCGACGCCUAUACUACCCGGCAUCGUCAUUCUCGUCUUCGGAUCCCAUCAACCGCCUACUGGGUCUUCUGGCCAAACAUUGGGACCCCAAGCUGGACCAGAUUGCGUGGGCACGGCAGAUAUCAUUCUUGCUCUCGGGGGUCAUCCUCGCUGCGAGCGCCAACAGCGUUCUGCAGACGUUCCACCUCUUUGCGAGAUGGACGCCGGGUCUACUAUACCAGGCUCAAGCAAAUCUCGCCCUGCUGAUUGGGCAGAUCAGCGCCAUCUAUGUGAUCUCGGCUGCCCUCUUGCUCCGAAGCAACUUGCCCAAGGAGAUGGGCAGCGCCAUUGGCGAUGCACUGGAGAGCGCUCUGGAGCCAGGGUUCGUGGACCGAUGGUUCGAGGGAUGGUUCCUCUUGGCCAGCGUCCUCACCGCAGCGGGAAUCUGGGUUGGUCGCAAGCUGGGGGAGAUGGGCGAAGACUGGGACGAUAUUGGCAUGGAAGAGAUGGGACAAAAGCGAUCAUGAGGUUUUGCUAUAAUUCACCGUUUUCGCAUGGCGGAAAUCUUUCCGGUUGCGGGCGUCUAAGGGCAUUUUAUUUUUCGACUAGUAGCAUGGCUGGCUUGCACAAAAUCCAGCCCCUUUCCGUAUCUUGCUGGAUGCUCCUGUUUUCUCGACGCGGCCAUUUGAGCCCGCAUCACCAAUCUUCAGUCCAAAGAGCUCUCACAAAAAUCAAAUGUUUUCGAGAGAAAGCCAUGCAUGUUUGCCAAUAAUGUGGACUGGAUUGAAUGCUCACAGCCAGUGGACUUGUGCUGCGGGUCAUGGUGCAUCGCCUCGCUCCACUCACAUGGCG